UUAUUUUUCUCUGCUGUUCUCAUCGGUCCUGCCGCUGACGCGCGCUCGGCGGCGCGCGCUGGGAGCUGCUCUCCUCCUCCUCUCUUGUGAAGCAGCGUCCGGACUCUCAGCACAUCUCUGGGAGGUUCAUUUCCCCCUGAAGCCACUUGACCACGCGCCGCACCGGACCCGGGAGCACCGGAGGAACACCGAACACAAACUGACAGGUGGCGUUGUGCUGGGCAGAGACAUGGCGCUCUCUGGAGGUCUGCUGCUGGUCGUCCUGUUUGCCGUCGUGUCACACGGCGCUGAGCCCGGAGCCCCUUAUGGCCGGAGGAGGAAGGUGCAGAGCUCACCUGGAGCCAGCAACGCCCUGCAGCCCCCCGCUCAGAGCCUCAGCUACAGCGAGGACCGUGGGGGGCCCCCGAGGGCCCGUCCCGCUGAAGCCGGGGGGCUGUCCCACAGGUCCCGUCAUCCUCUGGCCCGGCCCGAGGAUGACGGCACGGGCCUGGAGGGCCUGAGCCCUGUGAGGGUGGAGGCGGGUCCCAGCAGGGAGCGGGCUCGGUCACACGCCCCCUUUGGGAUCCGGGAAAACCAGCUCCUGGGAACGCGGAAGGGGGCGGGUCCGGGGUUCGGGAACGGCCGCGAGCUCACCUCUGAGUUGUGGAAACCAGGGGGCCGCCGAGACAAAAGGCGGCACAGAAAAGGAUUUCUACCGGAGUCUGAGCUGAGCUCUGAGGUGGGGGCGAGAGACCGCAAUCCUCCUUCCUCCUCUUCAUUCACCUCCUCCCCCUCCCUUGGCCUGACCCCGCCCGAUGAACCCCCCUCCCCCAUCAUUAGCGUUUCUGGCUCCUCCACGGUUACCACAGCGACCAACGAGCAUCCCCCCACGCUGCUGCCAGCCUCCUCCAAGCCGCAGAAAUCUGGACGGGGAAAAGGACAAGGAGAAGUGAUGCCGACGCUGGACAUGGCGCUCUUUGACUGGACAGACUAUGAGGACAUGAAACCUGCAGACUCCUGGCCAUCAUCCAAGAAGAAAG